ACCAUGUUGGAAGAAUCUGAAGUAAGUGGGCGGCUUGUGUUAGAAGCUGAGAAGGGUGUUAUGGAGCCGGGCGUCGAUGCGGCGCCACCGUCUCUGCCUGCUGCUGGCGAGGUGCAUGCUCGCAUCACAGGGGUGAGCAAACUAGUUACAAACUACGAGACAUACAUCGUCUAUAGGAUCGAAACGGUGGUAAGUAUUUCUGAGGUGUGUCAAUCAUGCGCGAACCGCAAGGACUAUCCCUCUGAGGUUUGCAUAGUGGACCGACGUUACCGAGAAUUCGACUGGUUGUACAACCGCCUUCGGCAGGUUUACGCGAUCCUAUUCGUGCCUCCGCUUCCUGGGAAGAAGGUGUUGACGCAGUUCAAUCGGUGUGCUUCUGUGUUUGUGGAUCGGCGUUGCAGCGGGUUGCAGACCUUUCUGCGCAGGUCUGCUGCUCAUCCCAUCCUCUCUGGCAACAACGAUUUUGUGGCCUUUCUAACCCUCCCUAGUGCUGACUUUCAGGAGUACAUGCAGAAGAAUCCGAUUGAGAACUCUCUCUUGUUCUCUCUCAUCGGUUUAUCGUCUCAAAGUCAGACGACGAGAGGCAUUAGCAGUGUUGGUCGCGGCGAGGAGGAGUGCCAUAGGGCAAGAGCGCUCACGACGCCGGCGAGGGAGAGGCUAGGACCUUCUUUUAAUGUGCUUACCUCAAUGCCGGUCGUCACGACAUCGGGCAGGGGAGAGGUGACCUUUUGUGAGUUACAGCGCGCCUCUCAGGUGUUCCUACGCUAUCAGAAGGAGGUGGCAGUGCAGGCGGUAAGACGGACAGCACAGGCCAUGCAGAGCCUCGCCUCGCGUCUUGCCCUCAGUCCUGCAAAUGCCUGGCACGAGUGUGCGGCCUUCGGGACGGCUGUUAAGCGGGUCCUCAAGAAUCGACAUGGUAUGCUUGUGUCUCAUUCAUUCCAGGAUACGUAUUUCAGCCUCGAGCACGAAAUUGAAGAACGGCAGAGGAGUGAGACCCUUGGUAGCACCGAGCGAACGACGAAAACUGCGGCGGCUGAGGAUAAGCAGGGAGUGUCACAGCCCUGGCUCUCCCGUUUUACGACGGUGCCGUGGAGCAGUGCUAGUAAAAGGAAGAAUCGGCCACUUAGUGAGGUAUUUUUUUUUGACUUUUAAGUAUGCUAA